UCGGUGGACAAGGAUAUGGGGAAUGAAAACACAGCUCAUUUAGAGGAGCAGCAAUAUGGUACUAGAUUACGUCUUCUCAACAACGAUGGCUCUCGUGAUAAUUUACUAUUAUUGACCGGAAUAAAAGAAUUGUUUGCAACUGCGCUACCACAUAUGCCGGCACAAUACAUUGCUCGGGUCGUCUAUGAUCGUAAUCAUUAUAGUUUGGCGAUAGUGAGGGAUCCUAUAAAAGUUGUGGGAGGAAUUUGCUAUCGACCUUUUUUGGAGAAAUCAUUUAUUGAAAUAGUAUUUUUCGCAGUGGAUAGUGAUCAACAAGUAAAAGGAUAUGGCACAAAAUUGAUGAAUUACUUUAAGGACUAUAUAAAAGAUACAUUUAAUAUUACACAAUUCAUGGUUUAUGCAGAUGAUUUUGCUGUUGGAUUUUUUCGAAAAAACGGAUUUACUGACGAAAUCACGUUAGAUCAAGACAUAUGGGCUCAAACGUGCAAGCCUCCAAUUAUUUAUCGUGGCUUAGAAUGUUUUAAAAAUGGUGUCAAGUCUGUAGAUCCGAUGUCGGUGCCGGGAAUUAGAAUAUCUGGAUGGACACCGCAAUUGGAAAAACAGGCGAAAGACAUUAAGAAUAUGUCACAUUAUGUUGUUAUGAAAGAAAUACUAAAUCGAUUAAAAAGCCAUCCAUCAUCAUUACCAUUUCAUGAACCUGUAAACGGAGAUGAUGUUCCUGACUAUUACGAUAUAAUCAAGGAUCCUAUGGACCUUUCAACCGUUUUGAAACGUAUUGAAAAUAACAGGUAUCGGUCACUUUUAGAAUUUGCAACUGAUAUGCAAAAAAUCUGGAACAAUGCCAAGAUUUAUAACAAAUCGGAUACUAUCUUUUACAAGUCUGCUGUUGAACUUGAGGGAAUUUUUCGUGAAGCAAUGUUUCUCAAAGGCCUGGAAACAGACCAAAUUUUUCAUUUGGUUGUCAAGCCUUCGUUUCAGACGUCCGCUGAAACCACCGGGAUACCUGUAUCUCGCCCGACAUCUACAACCAAUGCACGAAUAGCUACACCUUUAACAGAUCAAAAUUUUGGUACUACAGGCUUUACAGGCUUAACUGAAUUUGCCCAACAACCUCCGAAUCUUAACAUGCCAUAUUUUGUUCCACCUUCAGAACAUGCACAUACUGGAAUGCCCUACAUUGCACCGAUACAUUAUCCGUAUCGGUAUAUGUAUCCAUAUCCCUACAUGCCUACACCACAAACUGGUGCACAAGCGCAACAACCUUUAGUUGCUCAGAUUCCAGAGCCUCAACAAGAC